AUGCCAGCCUGCAAACAUGCGAAAACCCCACAUCCCGCCUAUGAAAACUGGCGAAUGAGAUGGAACAUGAAAACGUGCAAGAUGUCUCCAAUCCUCCUUCUCUUCCUCGUGGCUUUGGCUCGUGCGCAGUACUUGGUAGACGAAACAGAGGGAUGUGUCACUAUCAAUGUGACUCUUCCUGGACCAUACACGGUUCUUCGUAUUGACCAAACUGACUAUAUCUUCGAUGGUGAGAGCUACUGCACCAAGGAAUGGAAUGAAAAUGAUGCCGUUGAGUGCACACUCGCUGAAAGUAAGUAG